GUGGAAAACUAUGGAAUAAUUAGUGAAAAAUCUCAACGAAAUGAGGUGGCUUUUUUCGAUAUUUAAGCAUCAAUGCAAAUUGCUGUAAGGUUCAGUUGUGACCCGCGAAUAUGCCAAAGCAAAACAUAAAAAGUACAAACAAAGAGAAUCGAGAGAAAACAACGUCGUUCGUUUGUAGAAAAUCGUGCGGGUAUUCGGUGGAAAUGUUUUCAUUUAAAUAUUUCUCUUUUCUGUUCGUCGCCUUAGUAGCUCUUCAAACGAUGGCGGCGAAAGCAUCUGAGAGCAGUGAAGAAGCCAGCAAUGUUAUUGCGGACAUCGACAAUGAGUGGUGGAAGACGGCAGUGUUUUAUCAAAUCUAUCCAAGAUCAUUUAUGGAUAGUAACGAUGAUGGCAUCGGAGACCUGAGAGGUGUCUUGUCGAAAUUGAGUUAUUUGGCGGAAACUGGCAUAACAGCAACCUGGUUAAGCCCCAUAUUUCAAUCUCCAAUGAUCGACUUUGGCUAUGACAUCUCCGAUUUUAAGGCCAUUCACGAGGAAUAUGGAACCAUGGAAGAUUUUGAGGAAUUAAUUGCCGAAGCAAAUCGUCUGGAUAUAAAAAUAAUUUUGGACUUUGUGCCCAACCAUUCCUCGGAUCAAUGUGAAUGGUUUAUAAAAUCUGCUGCUAGGGAAGAAGGCUAUGAGGAUUUCUAUGUUUGGGCAGAUGGUAAAAUGAACGACGAUGGUGAAAUGGAACCGCCAAAUAAUUGGCAAUCGGUAUUUUACGGUUCUGCAUGGACUUGGCAUCCGGAACGAGGUCAAUAUUAUUAUCAUCAGUUUACCGCCGAACAGCCUGAUCUGAAUUAUCGCAACGUAAAAGUCGUUGAAGCUAUGGACGAUGUAAUAACAUUUUGGUUGGACAAGGGUGUAAGUGGAUUCCGUGUCGAUGCUGUUAAUCAUCUCUUCGAGGAUCCCGAUUUAAAAGACGAGCCAUUGAGUGGAAAAACUCAAGAUAAAUUUUCACAUCUUUAUACAGAUCAUAUUUACACCAAGGAUUUGCCUGAGGUAUACGACAUGCUGUAUCACUGGCGUAAUCUGCUCGAUGAAUACACUGAAACGCAUGGAGGUCCUGCUCGCAUUAUGAUGACAGAGGCAUAUGCCGAUCUAAAAUUUUUAAUGGAUUAUUAUGAAAAUGCUGAUGGUUCGAAGGGCCCCCAUUUCCCAUUCAAUUUCUUCUUGCUUACCGACAUUUCUCAGAAAUCGGAUGCCCGAGAUUAUGUUUUCAAUAUUCAAAAAUGGUUAACCUAUAUGCCACGAAAUCAUGUUGCCAACUGGGUCAUGAGUAAUCAUGAUAAUCCGCGCAUAGCUUCAAGAUUGGGAGUGGAUAGUGUCGAUGCAAUGAAUAUGUUGCUAAUGACUCUGCCGGGUGUAGCAGUGACAUACAAUGGUGACGAAAUCGGAAUGGAAGAUUUUCGUGAUAUAGCCUGGGAAGAUACGGUUGAUCCACCGGCACGUAAUGUUGGCCCGGACAAUUACAAAGAAGUUUCCAGAGAUCCAGUACGUACUCCAUUCCAAUGGAAUGCUGAGAAAAAUGCAGGAUUCUCUAAUGCCGACAAAACUUGGUUACCGGUCCACCCCAAUUACGAAGAACUCAAUUUGGAAUUACAAAAAUCAAUGGAGAAAAGUCAUUAUAGCGUUUACAAAGAUCUCAUAGAACUUAGAAAAAUGCCCGUGAUGGAGCAAGGUCGUACAACACUGGAAGUCAUUUCACGAAAUGUGUUUGCUGUAAUAAGAUCCUUUAAGGGCCAGUCAUCGGUGAUAACAAUUAUCAAUACCAGUACCGAAGAACAAAUGAUAAAUUUACUGGAAGUGUUGGAUGAUGAUAUCAAACAGUUGACAGUUCUUGUGUCCGGCGUUAAUUCCAUUUAUGACAAAGGGACUGAAAUACCACAAGAAGAUUUUGAACACUUCAUACUGACGCCGCAGGAAGCUCUUGUUUGCAUGAUUGAAUAAUCACCAGUCCAUAUUCCUGUUUCCGACUACAAUUUCCUCUCCAUGUUUGUCUCUACGGCGAGGAAACGAAACU